AUGGGCGAUCGAAGAUACAGAUCAUGAUGUUCCGCUUGUGUAUGUCACUCGUAGCGCUGGUUGCUCUGUCCGCCUCAGCGGCGGUUCAGAAGGCCAACAAAGAUUGGUACAAGAACAGUCUGGUAUAUCAGAUCUACCCGAGGAGUUUCAAGGAUAGCAACGGCGACGGUAUAGGCGAUUUAAACGGUAUCACGAGCAAGCUCGAGCACAUUGCAGACAUCGGCGCUCACGCGUUAUGGUUGUCACCGAUCUAUACGAGUCCGCAGCUGGACUUUGGCUACGACGUCGCCAAUUUCACCGACGUCGACAAGGAUUACGGCACCUUGGCCGACUUCGACCGGCUCGUGGCAAAGGCCAAGUCCCUCGGGCUCAAAGUGAUCCUCGACUUCGUGCCGAAUCAUAGCUCGCAUGAGCACGAGUGGUUCAAGAAGAGCGUCCAAAGGAUCAAACCGUAUGACGAGUACUACGUGUGGUCCGACGGGAAAAUAGUAAACGGCAGCAGGAGGCCGCCCAACAACUGGCUGAGUGUAUUCCAGGGUUCCGCCUGGGAGUGGAAUCCGACGCGUAAACAAUAUUACCUGCACCAAUUCGCCGUCGGGCAGCCGGAUCUCAACUAUCGCAACGCCGCACUGCAGCAAGAGAUGAAGAACGUGCUGAAAUUCUGGAUGAAUCACGGAGUGGAGGGCUUCCGUAUCGACGCUAUCAAUCACAUCUACGAGGACGCCCGUUUACUGGACGAGCCCCGAAGAAACGUGUCCGGUCUGCCGGACGACGACUACGACACCCUGGAUCACAUCUACACGAAGAAUCUACUCGAGACCUACGACGUUCUUAAGUCGUGGCGACAACUGCUGGACGACCACUCCAAGGCCGCCGACACGAAGAUGAUCUUGACCGAGGCCUACACGACCUUCAAUCUCACCAUACUAUUCUACAAGUCGGGCUCGAACGUGCCCUUCAACUUCAUGCUGAUCAGCGACCUCAACAACAAGUCCAACGCGGCUGACUUUAAGCUGCUGAUCGAUCGCUGGAUCAACCAUCUGCCUGACAAUUCCGCCUACGUCGCGAAUUGGGUGGUGGGCAAUCACGACAACCAUCGCGCUGCCUCGCGAUUCGGAGUCAAGCGAGCCGACCAGCUGUCCAUGUUGGCGACCGUCUUGCCUGGCGUCAGCGUGAUUUACAACGGCGACGAGAUCGGCAUGGUCGACCGACCGUUCACGUACGAGGAAACGGUGGAUCCCGCCGGAUGCAACGCAGGCCCCGAGAGGUAUCAUCUGAAAUCACGGGACCCGGAGAGAACGCCCUUCCAGUGGGACAACAGUACGAGCGCCGGUUUCUCCAGCAGCAGCAAGACCUGGCUUCCGGUCCACGAUAAUUACAAGAGCCUGAAUCUGGCGGCGCAGAAGACCGCGGUCGUGUCGCAUUACAAAGUAUUCAAGUCCCUGGCGUGGCUGAAGAGGAAGCCCGUCAUCGAGCGGGGCACGCUCCAGAUCGUUCUGGUGACCGAGAGGAUCCUCGGGGUGGUGCGACGACACGGCGCGUCCACCGUGGCGCUCAUGGUUAACUUCGCCGACACUCCGCUCACCGUCGACGCCAGGACCUGGAUGAAUAUUCCCGAGCAGCUGAUCGUCUAUGCGUCCAGCGUGCACUCCAAGCUGCUCGCGGGAUGGCGCGUCGACACGACUCGCGUCAUUGUGCCCGCCUCGGCCUCUGUUGUGCUCGCCACGGAGGAUUUGCUUCAGUAAAUUCUUGCCUAUCCCGACCGUCCUCACGAUUAAUUCCCUCUUUCUCUCUCUGUCAACACGAGGUUAUUCUGGGUGUAAUACGUACAUGAAGGCGCGUGUAUAGAUCCAGCGGGUCGUCUUGCGGGAUCAAGAGCGAUGAAUGCGAGCAGAGUGAACACGAACAAGCGAGGGAGAUGUGUUUUGUUCGGGUUCUUUUGCGGCAAUUAAAGUUCGACUACAUAUUAAGGGUGUAAUUUUAAUGUCUGCGUGACUGUUUUGAAUAAUAUGAAACUAUUAUCCAAAUAGCCCCGUGAUUUUAAAAUUGAGUCGAGUUUUCAUUAGAGAAGUUAUCCGGAAGGAUUUUGACGGCCACCAGAAUUUGCUCAAGCUGUUUUGAAGCGAAGGGAACAGGUGUCAGGCAUAAUCCGGAAAUGCAGUGUCAGGAAAACAUGGCGGGUGAAGUAAGAUAUCCCCCCCCCCCCACUCAAGACUAACAGUCCUUUCUCGGUCAUCAAACACACGUGUGGUCUAGCGUUGUCAUGGCGAAAAACAGCGCCUUUAUGAUUCACCAAUUGGGAAUCAAGCGUUUCUCGUCAAUCACUACUUUCAGUUGGCCUAAUUGCAGGCAACGUUUAUGAAAAUCGAUAGUUUCAUUGUUUGCUGAAAACUUGAAGUAUGCUAUUCGCUUCCAAGCCCAUCAAACACAGAGCGCGACUUUCUUUGGACGAAAGCCAGCUUUGGUUUGCGCUAAUGGAGGCUCGUUUCUCUUACUCCAGGAUUUUUUCUCACAGUCUUCUUACAAACGAUCCAUUUUUCGCCCGUCACGUUUAAAAAUGGCUCAUCUUCGUUACGUCGUAGAUCAAGCCGCAAGUGAAGACGCGAUUUAAGCGAUUUUUCUCAAUUUAUGAAGCGCCCACACAUCUCAAUUAAUGUAUUCAAGUUUCUUUAAAUGAGUUGCACAGUUAAUGUUUUGGAGAAUCGCGGCGAUUCCUUGCGCUGUUUAUUUUAAUUUAAGAUAUCGGUUUGAUCUCGUCAUCAGCGGAGAAAGGCCUCUCUGAACGUGGAAUGUUUUCCAAAGAGAAAUCUCUCGCCCGAUACUUGACAAACCACUUCUGACAUGUUUGCUCAUUCCCAAUAUUGUCUCCGUAUACCGCAUAAAUCUCCCGUCGUAAAAUUUGCGUUAUGUCUUUAUCUUUGCGAUAACAAAAAUGCAUAAGAUGGCGAAAAUGUACUUUCAGAUUCUUCACUUUUAAACUGAUACUGCGUCAUUCAACGAAUCUUUGCGCGAAGAGCCUCUUAGCCUUCCUUCAACGUGUCGGACGUUUCAGAAAAUUAUGGAAAAUUUAUCGGUUAGAAAU